AUGUUUCCGCCAUUCUGGUUUGGGGGUGUGACAUCUGCUAACCCUGAUUCUUCUUUGGAGAUUCCUCCUUCAUCUGAGUUUCACGACUGUCCAAUAGUGUCUAACACAGACAUGAAACUUGUUGAAACGACUCUUUUAAAGGGUGAUAUUAAUGUGUCUGGUCCUCAACCUGCCGUUGAGCCAAGUCAUGUGGAACCCUCUGCCGAUUCGUCUGUCAAACCUCUUGUGGAAGGCAUAACUCAAAAUCCUCUACCCGCUGCUGUUGUUUUUCAACAGAAGCUAUUUGGGUCUAGCUUUAGCUCUUUCCAAUCGGUGACCAUAGAAUCCACAACACUUGUGAUGGACCCCGUUGCUCCGGAGGCGAGGACCUCUGAUUGUGAUACUCUGAAUGUUCUUGUGAUCGAACCCGAUGCUACGACUGCUGACGUAUAUGUCGACGUUGUUUUAACGACGUCUCCCAUGAAUCUUAUGUUUCUUACCACAGUGGAAAUGCCUACUCUGGUUACCAUUGGUGCUUCACUUCUUCAAAUCUAUCGACCUUAUGUUGUGACCGGUAUUCCGAAUAGUCCCUUGUUAGCCGAAGGAACCGAAGAGGAAACUCUUGACAAAGCGCACUCCCAUUUGUUGGAAGGAAUGCAUAUUCUGAAUGAAGUAUUUUCCCGUACUAAAGCGAGAUCUAAAUAUCUGGCCGCUUGUCAGCUCAAAUUUGAACAAGAUUUUGAAGGUUUACAACAGCUUCUUAAGAUUCAUGAUCGAACGGACCUGGGCUGUCAAGAGGAAUUGAAGCGGUUGAAUCAGGAUCUACAGUCGAAAUUUGAUGACACGAUCAGUCAACACACAACAGUAGUCAAGGAGUUGGAGGAGGUUUCUCAGCAGUACCAAUCUCUGAAGUCUCAAUAUACUAAUAAGGAGAGGUAUGCUGAGGCGUUGGAGGGGAAGAACGUUCUUUAUUCUUAUCCUGGCGCCCAACAUCAAAUCGUGGAUCGCUUUUCUGAAAUGGUCACUCGCAAGUACUCUUUAUUCAGCGUUGCUGAAGGAGGGGGAGUGGAUAUUCCAACUUUGAAAGAAACCUUGAAAUCAUUGGAUCCUUCAGGUGGUGAAGGUGAAGGUUCAUUGGGUGAAGUCUAG